AUGUCGUUCAACCUGCGCACUCUUUUGGUGGUACUCCUUUGGUUGGGCACCUUUCCCAUCUCUUCAGUUGUUGUAGGACAAGAAGAAGCCCAAGAAUGCAGUGGUCAUGGUCAACUCCAUGGUAACCAUUGCCACUGUGCCGAAGGCUUCAAGAGCGAAGGUGUCGAGUGCAUUGCGAGCUCGAGCGCCAGUUCGUGUCCAGCUGGAGGUAUCGCGUGGGAGCUCUCCAUGGCCCUAGCUCUUGAAAACGGGACCUACGACCUCUCCUUUGUUGACAAUGCAGAGAACAUGGCCAUGUUUGUACUGCCCAUGGACGUGGCUGCAGAUCAACCGGUUACAGUGGAGGACCUCGAGUCGUCAAUUGAGCAGACGACACUGUUGUUGGACGACGUGGCAUUGCCUCGCCAUCUUGUCAAGGCAUCCCGUGACAUGGCCCCGACCGAGAAAUUGCUGUAUAUUAUCCAGCGCAAUGACGCUGAAGAACUCGCAGCCUUGCGAGCUGAGUGCGAGGCUAAUCCGGACAACACGUGGCACAUUGACCACUGCGAUGGACCGGGUGGCCACGAUCGUCGCCGUCUUGCAGCCAUGUCGAUCAGCUUGGUUGUCAACCAAACGGGGUACUAUGCUUUCCAUAUGCAGCACAACGCAAUCGAAGAGUUCGGCAUGCAACUGCUUGACAGCAGUGGACAAGAGGUUCAAGUCGCACUCGCGAUUGCUGAAGCAGAUGCAGAUGCAUCGAGUGGAAAGAAGUCUUCACAUAGGAAGGCGUCAGCGUCCGUAUGGGGGAAAACCAUGGGCGCCGUUGCUAUCGUUGCAAUUCUAUCGAUCGUUGGCAUCUUUCUCCUCAUCCUGCGCAUCUCUGCACUGGACAAGAUGAUGGAUGCAAUGGUGGCGCUAUCGGCAGGGGCAUUAUUUGGUGCCGCUUUCCUACACAUUUUGCCGGAAUCCAUUGAAUUCUACAGCGACUACGGCCAGAUGGAACUCGCCUUGAGUUCCAUGUUCACGUUCGGGUUUGUCGUUGCUAUGAUCGUCGAGAUGGCGCUCGAGCUCUGGAUGAGCAAAGUCCAAACCAGUGAAGGGGAUAGCCAGGUGCCUAUGUCCGUGAACUCACCGAUGAAUGGUACACCAGCCAAGCAGCCCGAAACAUCCGAGACGGCUGACUACUCAAACGGGAACUUGCCUAUUCUCGUUGGACGCGAGUCAACGAGGAUCUCUCCCUUCAGUUUGAACGUCAACUGGCGAGCAAUCAAACCUAUGGCGUACAUCAUCCUUAUCGGAGAUUUGUUUCAUAACUUUGUGGACGGCGUGCUGAUUGCGACGGCGUUCCUCGCUUGUGAUGAUACGCUUGGGGUAUCGGUGACCGUCUCGUCCAUCCUGCACGAGCUGCCGCAAGAGUUUGCGGACUUUAUCAUUCUCGUCGAGUCGGGCUUUACACCGUUCCAAGCCGUGCUGUUUAAUUUUGUGAGCGCACUGACAGCAUUCAUUGGGGCUGCUGUGGUGCUGGCUGCUGUGCCCGUCACGAACGAAACCAUGGGACUGCUACUUGCAGUUGGAUCGGGUACACUUGUGUAUAUUGCGGGCACGGAUCUACUGCCUGGAGUACUGCGCGUGAAGUCGUUCGGCCAGUUUGCCGUGCACCUUUUCAUGUUCGCAGUUGGGGUUGGAGCGCUGGCGCUCACGACAUUGCACCACGUGCAUUGCAACGCCGACUGA